AUGCAAGUGUCUAGUGGACUGUAUGUAGGUGACCCCGACGCCCAGGUACACGUGUAUCUCCACCAUGUGUUAGAGUUGGGUGAGUGGGUGUGUGUGGUGCGUGUGAGUGUUGUGCUUGCGUGCUUUUCACACACACACACUCACAGACAUACAUGCAUGCCGCUUCUUUUGCUCACUACCCAAUGA